AUGAAGGUGGCCGUGGCGCUCGCCUUCCUGGCCGCGGUGGCCAACGCCGCCAGCUUCAGCGCCGAGGACCAGGCCAUCUGGAUCGACCGACACAACUACUUCCGCACCACGGGCCUGCCCUGGGCCGCGGGCGACAUGCGGCGCAUCGGAUGGAGCGACGACCUGGCCACUAGCGCCGCGUCCACAGCCGCACAGUGCUCGGGUGCCUCCGCAGCAGGAGUCAACGUGUUCCAGUCGUCGGCCAGCAACUCGUCCUCCAUCAUCGACGAGGCCAUCCAGCAGUGGGUCGUGGAGACGUCCAUGACGACGCUCAAGACUCUGCCCCAGCCUGGCACCGUCGGCGUGGCCGUCGGAACGGGCGUGUACAAUUCCUACUCGCAGGUGCUCUGGGACUCCACGACCAGCGUUGGCUGCGCCACAUCGAGCUGCUCCGGUGGAGACAUGGUCGUCUGCGAGUACUCGCCCGCGGGCAACGACCCGUCCUCGCCCUGGUACGUGCACGGCGAGACGGCGUCCGACUGUCCGUCGGGCACCACGGCCUCGCAGGGCCUGUGCAUCGUCGAGGGCGACGCGGCCAACGACCAGAUCGCCCCCAUCCCGGCGGGCAAGCAAACUUACGAGGUGUACCCGGCCUACGUGGCCAACAUGCAGACGCUGCUGAUUGAGGUGGCUCGUGCCAUUGCCAGCGGAUCGACGACGACUACAGGAUCGGCCACCCAGUCCGCCCCCGCAGCUACGACGGCCGCCUCAACGGACAGCGCGAUUCAAACGGCCACUACUCCUGCCCCGGCCACUUCGUCGAACUCGCAGGCGUCUUCCUCUGGCGAUGACGGCGCGGCCACCAAGACCGGAUCGACCAAGACGACCACCACUUCCGGCAAGACGACGGCGUCUUCUAGCACGACGGACUCGUCGUCAGGUACCUCGAAGGCCACGAAGAGCGGCAAGUCGACGACAACAACGUCUUCGUCCACGACGGAUUCGUCCGAAAACGACACUGCCACCAAGCAGACCUCGCAGACGUCGAACUCAGAGGCGUCCUCUUCGGAUGAGUCGGCACCCGGCACGGUUAAGGCGAGCUCGGACACGGGAUCGACGUUCACGAACCAGGCGCCCUCGACGACGACGGAAUCGUCGACCAAGCAGAGCAGCACGGCGUCGUCUACGGAGCAGACUUCAAGCAGCGCGGCGACCGCCCCCAGCACGGCCAGCGCCGAGAGCGCGAGCAGCAUCACCAACAAGUCCAGCACAUCUGGCGGCGGUGGCAUCUCUGCUGCCGGCUUUGCCGGUAUGAUCGUGCUGGCCGUGGUCGGUGUCGCCGCUUUUGGCGUCGUCAUGAGCUACAAGAGGAACCAGCGGCGCCAGCGCGAGAUUAUGCGCGACGGCGGUAUUCGGAUCAUUUAA